AUGGCAUUCAAUAUACACAUAUCUGGACCAAAAAUGAUUAUGCAUAAUAAAACAAUAGCAGAAAUGUUUGUAGAUCAAUUGAAUAACAAUGAAGGUCUUUAUGGUAUCGACUGUUCUACCGGUAAAGAGUACGGUUAUCCAAAAUUGAAAAAAGACGUUUUAGCAAUGGCUACUGCAUUUAAAAAAUAUGAACUUGGACACGGAGACGUCGUGAUGAUUACAGACUAUGGCUCGUACGAAGCGCAAGUUGUUAUGUUAGCUGGGAUUUUGAUCGGAGCAACUAUAGCUGCGUUGAAUCACAGUUUAAAAAAAAGUGUCUUGAUAGCGCUCAUUGACGAGUCCAAACCAAGCGUAUUAUUUUGUAAUACGUUUAGCAUAAGUACAAUAACAGAUGUUUUAAAUAAUAUUACGCAUCAACCGACAUUGAAGAUUUCUACUAUGGUUCGUGACGGCUUUACUACCUAUUCGAGUAUCGUUGUUGCGGCGGAAGAAAUUUUGUUUGUCCGUCCGAUAAAAUCAAAAAAUCCAAUUGGCCCAUGUGCUAUUAUAUAUUCGAGUGGUACUACAGGAAUCCCGAAAGGAAUUUAUUUGUCGGACAACGCUAUAAAAUCAGCUUUAAUAUCGUUCAAGCAGUCAUUAAUGGAAGAACCUAUUGAAAACAAAUUUAUGAUAACUUCUCCUAUAUUUUGGUACACGGGAAUUGUAUUAAUGAUGCUCGGUAUUCAUUUUGGCAAACCAAGACUAUUUUUUUCGACAAAAUCGACCAUUGAACAAAUACUUAGUUCAAUAGACAAAUUUAAACCAACAUUUUUGAUGACUGGUGUAGCUGCAAUCAAUGAAAUGAUGUCCUAUCAAAUGGCAAAUGGCCACAAGUAUAAUAUCCAGAGUUUAAGGACAUGCGUAGUUGGUGGCUCUCCGAUGCGAGCUGAUUUACAAAAGACAGUGGUAAACAAUUUACUGCGGGGAAGGAUACCGAUCAAACAAGGGUACGGUGCAUCUGAACAGGGUAUUAUAGCGGUUUGGUCGAUGGAUUCGGGUAUAGAUACCGUUAGAGACGGAUCUGUUGGGAGACCAGCAGCUGGUAUAAAAAUCAAAGUCGUUAGUUUGGAAACUGGCGAAUGUGUUGGCCCCAAUACUGAAGGCGAAAUUCGUAUUAAAUCGGUGUCUAACAUGAUGGGAUAUGUCAACGACAUGAAAAAAACGAUUUGUUCGUACGACGAGGACGGUUGGUUCAGGAGCGGUGAUGUUGGAUAUUAUACGGACGAUUGCUGUUUGUUCAUUGUCGGUCGGAUUAAAGAGUUGAUGAUUUACAAGCACCAGAGGAUCGCUCCGGUUGACAUAGAAACCGUUUUAUUAAGUCAUCCUGCCGUGCUCGAUGCCGGAGUGACGAGUAAAUACAGUGUUCACGGAGAUUUGUUGGUAGGAGUUGUCAAAGUCAAAUCUGGUCAAAAUGUCGCACCUGACGUACUCUUAUUGUAUGUCAAUGAUAGAGUGAAUGACCACGAGAAACUGCGUGGCGGCAUUAUAUUCGUAGACGAUGUGCCUAGAUCUCCGGCUGGUAAAUUGAAACGAGAAGAACUUCUUAAGCUCGUACAAUAAUUGUAUUUGCAUACAAUUCAAUACUAUCAAUAAAAAUAACAUAACAGAGUAAUAUGGAAUUUUUUCACCCGAUCCACAGAUGG